CUAUAAAUAGCAGUGGCAGCUGAGUGGCAGCUGAUCCAGAACCAACCUCUCCCUACAUGCUUCUCUGUUGGUUUCAUUCCCGUCUGGAUCAGGACCAUCAGCAGCUCAUCUGAAACUGCAUUGAAAACUCGACUGAAGCUGACCUGAAACUGACUCACAAGUCACUCCUGAGUCCCUACAUGUUGCUCUCACAAGUUACGCCCACUCUGUUCCUCAGUGGGGCUGAUGCCCCCCUAAACGUUGCUCUGAUGUCACAGAAAGGCAUCACCUUGAUUGUCAAUGCCACGCUGAGUCAUGCCUUCCCCUCCUACCCAGGGGUGGAGUGUCUCCGCGUCCCCGUCUGUGAUCUGCCCUGUGAGCGGCUGGAAGCCCAUUUCGACCAUGUGGCCGAUCGUAUCAAUGGAAACCACACAGGAGGCACGCUGGUGCACUGCGCCGCCGGGAUGAGCCGCUCUCCGGCUUUGGUGAUGGCGUACCUGAUGCGGUACCGUGGCGUGACGCUGUGCCAGGCCCACCGGUGGGUCCAGGAGAGCCGUCCCUUCAUACGGCUGAACGUAGGUUUCUGGGAGCAGCUGCUACGGUACGAGAGGAAGCUGUACGGCCGCAACACGGUCAGGGUGGAGCCCGACAGGGCGGGUCUAAAGAGGAUGGAUCCAGGUAUGGUGGUUCCUCUGCGGACGGAGCUGACCCGGGCUGAGGGGACGCAGAAAGACAACCGGUUAAAAUCUGUACCCAGGUCACCUGGGACAACCCAUACUCCCAUGAUGUCUCGCUCUCGGAAGACGAUGUCCGCCAAUCCAUCAAAAAGAGGGUCCAAUGUGUUAUCAGAGAGCACCAGAACAACAAGCAGACAGCUGUGAGUAGGCGGAGCCAAGAUACCUGGACAGUAGCUUCAUCUGGUCUGUUCCUGUUUGGCUGUGACUCCAUCCUGGAGAGAAAUAUCAGCUGUGCUGCUGCAUCAACACCUUCAAUCACACGCUGGGACAGAAUUGUUGGCAGCCAACGUUCCCUCUAAUGUCCCAUGUUUCUCUGCAUCCUGAGCUCGCUGAGGAUCACUAUGAGCAGCAUCAUCUGUUCACUCUGAGGUCACUCACCAACCUUACACCUGUUAGAAACACGGGAUGAUGGCAGGUUACAUGGAUUAGGAAAAUAAUCCGUUUACAGCUGCAGGUUCCAUCAGUAUGAUUUGAAUAGAAUUGAUUUGGCCCAUUUUAAAUAAAAUCAUGUUCCUGAACUGUAGUGUCUUAUCUGUCAGAGUCUGAUGUUAAACCUUUCAGACGGAACCUUUGUUCACAUUAAAACAUUCACAUGUUACGCAAUGAAA